AUGCGUCGUAAUAAUGGAGGCUUUCCUUCAUCAUCAUCUACAAGAAAGAGGUUACACUACUCCCCUCCUAAAAGAUUGAACCACAAUAGAUGCAUAAAAUUCAUCAGCCAACCAAAUGAACAUUCAGCUUACAUUGAGAGAUCUAAUGCCUUCGAUUGCAAUAGAAGGCUUAGUUUGCAUCCUACAGGCCAAGUGAAUUUGAACAAGCUGUUUUGGUCCAAUCCUUGUUCAUUGGCGUUGCCAACUGAUUCACCGCAAAGAAUUGAAGAUCCCAAGUACGAGGGCUUUAAGCGAGUUAUCCUUAAGCUGAUGCUAUUCUAUAGUAAACAAAGCCAGUCCAUUCGAUGGGCAAAUGCAAUUUACAGCCGAGUUCUUUAUCAAGUUGACAGGCCUGCUAUUUAUGACGUGUUUAGCUUGGAGAAAACCUUUAAAACAACAUUCUCCUUGCUUGUAAUCCAUAUGUGGCUUUGCUUGCGCCGCUUAAAAGAAGAGGGAAAGGAAGGUGUUGAGUUGGGGCAACACUUAUAUGAGAUGUACAAUCAUGAUCUUGAACUGAGAGUUUCCAAGGCUGGGGUAAACUUGCUGUUAACUAAAUGGAUGAAAGAUUUGGAGAAGAUAUUCUAUGGAAACAUUGUUGCUUAUGAUGCCUCUAUGCUUCCUGAAGGAAAGAUGGAUCAGUUACAAAGUGUUAUUUGGAGGAAUGUUUUCUCUGAUGAUGGUUCGUCAAAACCAAGUGAUGCCGCAUUGCCCCUGGUCCAGGCCAUGUCAAGAUACGUACGCCGGGAAACCAUUUGUUUGUCAUUAACAGGUAUGCAUUUACAUUUAGUGUUGAUAAAAUUUAUUUUAUAAGCAUUUGUACCUUGGUAAGAUUGGGAAAAACAAUGGAGAGCCUAUAUA